ACUGUGAGCAUAGGACCAGAUCUGUGGAGGAACUCCAGGCCUGAAGGGGGCAGAGAGAGCUCACCCAGACACCCAACAGACAGGAUGCAACCCAUGUUCCUGGAGGGACCGAUUUCACCUGCGCACCUCUAAUCAAGCAUGAGUAUAAAAUGUUUGGAGUUAGCUCGGUGAGCCCUCUUUGCUCGGUCUCCUCAGCCUACUGACAGCUCAUGUUCAACCACAGACGCAACUGGUUAUCAACCUAUUCUUCCUCUGGAAUUUCACUUUGUGCCAUCAAUCUGAAAGAAAAUAAAUCACCAGAACGGAACAGAGUUGUCCCCUUGCAUUAUUUGUGUUGAACAAGCCGUUUUCAAGUUUGGGCAGAGCUGAAUCUGAAUCUUAACAUCUGGAUAACUUGACAGUUGAUAACCAACUUAUAUCCAGCAUGGCAGUGAAGACCCCAGGAUUAAAGCCUGAAGAAAGGAAAGCUGUCAUUGCAAAGGGAGAAUUGACUGGAAAACAAUGGCGAAGGAAGCUCUUGGAAAAACAGUGAAACAGCUGAAGCAAGAGAGGACCUUGGCUAGAAGUGCCUUCACCAAACAAGCCAACUUCCUGAGCAGAACGUCAGGAAAUUUGACAAAGACUGAACUACAAGAGGAGUUCAAGCAGCUCACGUCACUGGCAAGGAACAUCGGGGAAACGAAUGAUGGCUACAGGGCUGGCCUACUGGCAGACCUUGAAGCUGAGACUGAUGAAGGUGAAGAAGUCAAGCUGGACGAGCAGCAGCAAACAGACCUGGAAAAGGUAAUGGAGGAGUGCGAUGCAAAACUGGAUGAAGUCCGAAAAACAGUCCAAAACAACCUCUGGCCCAGAUAUGGGGAAGGUGAGAUCGGAGCUGCAAUAGAAGAGGCAGAGACAGCCUGUGAGGGACUUCAGGGAAUACCUGUCUCCGCCGUGAGUAGAGAUGGCUAUGAGCUACGGUGGGACAGUGUGAAGAAGCAAAUCCAAGGUGCCGCUACAAGCCUAUCAGAGUGGGAGUUGUGGAUUCCAGCAUUACAGAAGGCAAGUCUGGAGGACAGAGUGAAGGAGCUGAAAGCUCUAAACACCAGCCUUGAAGCGAGGAGAGCAGAAUUUCUCACAGCACAAAGAAUGGCAGAAGAGGAGAGAAGACGAAGAACACCACCACUGCCUGUGCCAGCUCAUCAACCAAUAGUAAAAAUAAAACCAACCAGUCUACCCAGGUUCGACGGAUUCAAAAGGAAUUUCCAUCGAUGGAGGAAGGACUGGGAGAACCUGCAAAGGCAGGGGGAGCCGACCGGCUCAGUAGAGGCAAAGAAGUUCCAACUCCUGGACAGCGUUGAGGAGAGAAUUUGCCGGGACCUGCGCCUGCCUACUUACAACACUGCUGAAGAUAUGUUCAGAGUGCUGGAGAUCAGGUAUGGAAACAAGUCUACAAUUGCCCUGGAGAUAAUUGAAGAUCUGGAGAAAUUUCCUGCUUUAAGAGCAAACCAGCCAAGGAAAGUCAUGGACAUGAUUCGAACCAUUGAGAAGGCCCUGAACGAUCUCACAGAGCUCGGAAACACUGGAGCCAUAAAGAAUCCUCUGGUGAUAAGAUCCAUAGAGCGCAAGCUGCCAGACAAUAUGAAGAGAGACUGGCUCGUAUUCAUGGUCAACCCAAGAAAUGGCGUGACCCCAGACACUCACUUCGACAGCCUUCUUGGAUUCCUGAAGACCCAAGAGGAAAUUCUUGAGAGACUGGAGCAGCUUAGUGUGAGUGAAACGCCUGAAAGGAAACUUACUUACCUGGACAAGAAGUAUGCCUCCACACGUUCCACAAGGAGGGGAGGAUGUAUUAUCUGUGGAGAUGAAAAGCACCGGGAGAAGAUUUUCUUUUGCAAGCGGUUUAAAGAACUGAAGCCUGGCGAGAAGCUGAGUGCUGUGGAGAAGUUGGGAGCAUGCAAGCGAUGCUUAGUCUGUCAUGGAGAAGACGAGUACUGUAAAGACACUUACCUGUGCAGGAACAGGGACUGUAAAAAAGGGAGCUCUUCGGACCACCAUUUCUUUCUUUGCUCAAGAGGAGACUUCAAGAUGAAGGAAUCUGAUGGAGGAAAAUCCACCUGGAGAAAGCAAAAGCUCACAGAGGAGCAAGUAAAAUUGAUGUCUGAACUCACUCCGGAAAUGGCAGAAAGAUUCAGGAAAGCGUUUACCAACACCACUGCAAGGGCCAACUGUGUUGUGAAGGAUCAACGUGGAGUGGUGGCGUCAAGAACACCUGAGCUACCAGUCAUUCUAAUGCUGUUAGAGGUAACUGCCAAUGCAGGACAGAAGAUUGGAACUCUCAUUGACUUAGCAUCAGAUACCAACUACGUCACCCACAGUGCUGCCAGGAGAUUGAAUCUGCUAAGUGAAAACAUCACGCUAAUCGUCCAUGGAGUCGGAGGGAUGGCCAUGGAGGUGAAAACCAAAAGAUACUCACUCAGAGUGAGGGUCAAGACACCCAACGGCACGGAGAGAGCUCAUGAGCUUGUCUGCUAUGGCUUGGAUGAAAUCGCCAAAGUGCACAGAGUAAUCAAACCAGAGCAACUCAAAAAAUUCUUCCCAGGAACCAACCUGGAAGAGCUCAAAAGACCAAAGCACAUUGAGCUACUCAUCAGUCACCGGGGAGGAAGACUUGCUCCACAAAGAGUGAAGGUGAUUGGGGACCUUGUCCUUUGGGAAAGCCCAUUAGGAAAGACGGUUGGUGGAGCGCAUCCAGACCUCUUUGAAGAGGUGGAUAUGGCUGCGCAUACAUCUAAAACACACUUUGCGCGAUCCAUGAGAACUACAGCAGUGAAGUACCAAGAAAUCACUGAAGCACAGGAGUUCAAAAGUACGGUUGCUGGCAAAAAGUUCUUGGACUGGUGGAGAUGGGACAGCAUUGGAGCAGCCUUCGAACUAAAGAGUGGAGGAUGCCAGUGCGGCAACUGUCAACAAGGAGGCAAGGAAAUGAGUGAAGAAAGAGAGCUGGAGAUCAUAAGGAAAGGGCUAACCUACAUCAGAGCAGAUGCGCACAGUGAUGGACCACACUGGGACACCAAGUAUCCCUGGAUUCAAGAUCCAAGUUCCCUUCCCAACAACAGGAGUGGGGUGGAAGCCACUUUCUUGAGGACAGAGAAACAACUCAAAAAAGAGCCAGAGUGGAGAAUGGCAUACACAGCUCAAGUCCAUGAGAUGGUGGAGAGAAGAGCAGCAAAGAAACUCACCAAAGACAUCACUGCAAGCUGGAAAGGACCAGUAUGGUAUGUCAGCCACUUGGUGGCACCAAAUCCGCACUCGCUCACAACACCCUUGCGACUGGUAUGGAACAGCAGCCUAGAAGUUUAA